CAGCAAGUAGGAGGGCCCAAUGGAAGGAGAAAAAAAGACAACACGAGAAAAAUUAGUAUUUUCUACCUUCUGAAAUUAAUGGCCAUGAGUUCGUAUAUGGUGAACUCUAAGUACGUGGACCCCAAGUUUCCUCCGUGCGAGGAAUAUUUGCAGGGUGGCUACCUAGGCGAGCAGGGAGCCGACUACUACGGCAGCGGCGCACAGGGCGCCGACUUCCAGCCCUCGGGGCUCUACCCACGGCCCGACUUCGGUGAGCAACCCUUCGGAGGCGGCGGGCCGGGGCCUGGCUCAGCGCUGCCGGCGCGGGGUCACGGACAGGAGCCAGGCGGCCCAGGAAGUCACUACGGUGCCCCGGGAGAGCCGUGCCCAGCGCCCCCGCCUGCGCCUCUGCCUGGCGCCCGGGCCUGCAGCCAGCCCACUGGCCCCAAGCAGCCACCCCCCGGGACAGCACUUAAGCAGCCCGCUGUGGUCUACCCCUGGAUGAAGAAGGUGCAUGUGAAUUCGGUGAACCCCAACUACACCGGCGGGGAGCCCAAGCGUUCCCGGACGGCCUACACCAGACAGCAAGUCCUAGAACUGGAAAAGGAAUUUCAUUUUAACAGGUAUCUGACCAGACGCCGUCGGAUUGAAAUCGCUCACACCCUGUGUCUGUCUGAGCGCCAGAUCAAGAUCUGGUUCCAAAACCGGAGGAUGAAGUGGAAAAAAGACCACAAACUGCCCAACACCAAGGGCAGGUCUUCUUCUUCUUCCUCAUCUUCCUGCUCCUCUUCAGCUGCCCCCGGCCAGCAUUUGCAGCCCAUGGCCAAGGACCACCACACGGACCUGACGACCUUAUAGAAGUGGGGACCCUGGGCCCAUCCCUCCCUGCACUCCAGGUUGAGGCGAAGCUGCGGGUGCAGGCGGGGCCUGCUGUCACCUCGCUGGGCUCUAAGGUACUGUGGGGGUGGACCUGGGCCAUACAGGCCGCCCUCGGACUAGGUUACCAUCCUGCCCGAGGGCAGCCCCCUCCCUAAAGGGAUGGGGUGGGAGGGUGGGCGGGCUUCUUUAAGUAUAUUAUCAUAUGGCAGGAGCUACUGAGAACAUAAAACCUUGGCGAGUCAUUAAACUCAUGAAA